CAUCGACAACAACAACAGUAGGAAAGCUCUCUUUAAAAAACUCUUAAAGCUGCAGGCAAAGCUGCACGAGAGCUUGUGAAACCGGUUUGCGGCUCAAAAGCUUCGCGGUGUAUGAGGUAAGCAGCACGAUCGAUGCGAUCGCAGCGCACAGAAAUGAGCGUGAAGACUUUGUGAACGGUUCACAGCGGACGAUUGUGCCAAAAUCAAAAUCAACAACAAAAACAAGACACUGAGAAAGAGAGUGUGGCAACGAGUGUGAAAGAGAGAGAGAGCGAGCAAGAGAGGAACAGUGUGUGGAGCCGAAAGAAUGUGUGUGAAAGAGAGCAACAAGUUUGCAAGUGGAAAUUUUAACAAUAAAAUGCUGUGAAAUACAUUAAACUGGCCUCAUCCUCAAGGCAACGUCAGUGUUCAAAACAAAAGCAAUAUCAAAAGCAACAUAAAUAAAAGUCAAGAAAAAACAGAUAUUAUAAUAAAAAGCACAAUUCCAAAUCAAAUAUGCGAAGGGAAAACAUCAAAAACGUAAAAUUUUAAAAUAUUUACUGCACAUUAUUAUGAACAAAAGUGUUGAAGCAACGACAAACAAAUUGCUGAGUUAAAAAACAUUUGAAUAUAACAAAAAACAGACAAGUGAAAGACAGAAAGGGAGCAAGUGAGUGCGCUAAAAAGAAGAGUGUGUGUUAGAAAAAGACAGCCAAUGACAGCGCUAGACUUUCGCAGCUAACGUUUGAAUUUUGCACGCACACGCCAAACGCUGUGAACAACACAAGAAAAAUAGACUAACAAAAAAAAAACAACAAGCUCACAGCUUUAGAUACAGAUACAAAAUAGAGCUCAUAGUUAAAGCAGAUACAAGCGCGAAUCGCUGAUUAUCAAGAAAUUGUGCAAAAAUGGAGUAUGAGAAAAUGAUGUACAUGCCAAGCGCUGAGAUGCCGCACAAUUCACAGUUUAAACUUGGCGCCGCGGUGAGCACAGAACAAUUCCAGAGCCAGACGACGCCGGAGCAACAAUUCGCCGCUUACUCCUAUGCGGAUAACUUUGAUUUGUCGCUGCUGCCGGAGGACGCGGGCAUUCCCACAACAGUUUAUCAGUACAACGCACCACAGAUUAAGAUCGAAAGUGCCUGGGAUUGCGCCAGUGUUGGCGGCGAUCUACACGAACAGUUGGCAACAACCAGCAACAGCAGCAGCCAUCAGCUGAUACCGCCUCCGCCCGCCUAUCCGCACAGUGCCUAUCCCUCGCCUCAGUCGAGUCCGCAGCAGUCGGACUUUGCCUCAUUUGCCUACGGCAAUAAGUACAACGGCAGCUACGAUUGCCUGAGCAGUCCUUGUCCCUCGCUGGACGCCAGCAGCAUCAAGCAGGAGCUGCACAUUUUGCCGCCAUCGCCACCAGAGUCCAAUUGCGAGACACCUUCGCCUAGAUCGGCGUGCAGCGACGGCAGCAGCAGCAUCAAGGCGGAGCCUUUGGAUGUGGAUGUGGAGAACUACAUAGAUUUGAAUUCAUUGCUGCAGCAGCAGCAGCAGCAACAGCAGCAGGAGCAACUAACGGAGACGAAGCCCAGUCAUCAGCUGUUGCGCGAGUGCCUCGAGGACACAACGUUCCAGAAGAAGCACAAUCUGAAGCCGCUGGCACUGGAGUCGUUCAUCGGUGGCCUAGCCGAGGUGCGUGGUGACUUUGAGCCGGUCAUUUCGCUGGCGCUGGAGCAUGCCAAGCGUGAGGCGGACGCCAUCUGCGCGGAGCUGCAAAUAUCGCAGGAUCCAAAUGCUUGGACGUCCGCCCAGGUGCAUGCAUGGCUACGAUCCACCCUCGCGCAGUUCAAGCUGCCGCCGGCCUUGAAUCUAGAGUUGCAAUUCAGCGAGGAUGGCGCCGCACUUGCAUUACUCAGCGAGGAGGAAUUCAUGCGUCGUCUGCCCGAGAGUGGCAGCACAUUGCACGCACAGUUGGAGAUAUGGAAGAUGGCCUAUGCCGAUCAGUUGGGCAAUAAUCAUGCUACAACUGCCAUCGAGAAUGCACAGCCAUCACAAAAUAUGUGGCCCACACUUGAAUAUCCAGCGCAGACGAGUCUCGAGCACGAGGACAGCGAAGAUGACGAUGAUAUGGAGGUUAGUGUGACACCAGCCACAGUUGCUGCCACCGCCACUGCCACGUCCACGGCCACGCCCCCUAAGCGUACGGCGGGCACACGCAAUGGCGGCGGCUCGCACAUACAUCUCUGGCAGUUCCUUAAGGAGCUGCUGUCGGCGCCUCAGGUUAAUGGCACUGCAAUACGUUGGAUUGAUCGCAGCAAGGGCAUCUUCAAGAUCGAGGAUUCGGUGCGUGUGGCCAAGUUAUGGGGCAGACGCAAGAAUCGACCAGCGAUGAACUAUGACAAGUUGUCGCGUUCGAUUCGGCAGUACUACAAAAAGGGCAUCAUGAAGAAGACGGAGCGUUCGCAGCGUCUCGUCUAUCAGUUCUGUCAGCCGUAUCAUCAGUAAGCAAACAAAAAAAGAAGGGAGAUGAAUUUGGGGUAGUCUGAGUUGACUAGUUCUAAGGCUAUUUAUUUUAUUUUAUCUUUGUUUAAGUGUCAUUCAAGUUCGCCCCGUGAAAUCUCCGAAUAACGUGUGUAACUAUGCUCGACUAGUCCCGCGGAUUUAGCGAGUUUUAGUUUCCUUUUGUAUAUACAUAUUGAUAAUUCUUUAGCACGAAGGUAAGUUCGUGCAUUAGUUCGACUUGAGCGACGAGCGAGAGGAGUAGAGUUUGGUUUGGUUAGGAGACAAAGUCUCAUUCAAACACUCACACUCGACUUUCGACUCGACUCGAGUUGAUUAGGCUAAAGUCAACUGGCAAUUGGCGAAGGUAAGUUCGUCGUGUCGUUGGCUUUAAGUUACUUCACCCUCCCCCCCUCAAAUCAAUCAUUUAAAUUGCAAUUGUGUGCGGGGGCGUGGCAAUUUUGUGGGCCCCCCAAACGAACUGCAUGAGUUUGACUUACCGGCGGCAUCUUUAUUCAAAUGUUGUCUGUGCGCCUCGAACCUGUGUUGAUCUCCCCUUCUGUCUUCGAUUGUCAUUGUGCUAUAUGUUAUUGUUGUUGUUUGUGUUGGCGUGUUGACCGCCAUUAGUAGCCUGUGGCGAACUUGGCCAAAGGUCACACACACGCGCACACAUACGCACUUGUAUGUGGCGCAAGACCAACAACAACAGGUAACAAUAACAAGCAUAAGAAAAUGUCAACAAGGCAGCAAAGGGAAUCAACAAAACCAAAAUGGAACGAGGCAGCAGUCGUUAAGGCAGCAUUGAAGGUGUUGUGGUAAUUUUAGGAACCAUAUAUCUAUGAUAUAUCAAAAGUAAGUUCUAUGAACAACAAAACAAAAAAACAACGAACAAUUUGUAACGAAUACGAUUAGUUUGAUAAGCAGCAGCACAAAUACAGAGAAAAGUACUUACAAUUUUAUUGUUGUAGUACUUUCGAUUUUCUACUUCUAAGUUUAUUUUCCGAUAGUUCUAGAGUUCUCGAAAAUUUUCUCUCUUCUCUUCCAAAAUGAAAAGAGAAAAAAUUUUCGAUGCAUCGAUGUAUAGUUAGUAUAGAAGUUGAAAACUUUUGCGCAAAAACUUUAAUACUUAAUUAUUUAUUAUUUGCAUUAUUAUGAUUACUUGUUAUUGCGGUGUUGGUACAAAGUAUGCGUUU